GCAGAAAGUUUAAUUACUGGAAUACCCAUCCUCGUCCGAAACUAUGUUCAGUUUUUUGUCGACGGGGUGGCAAUUUACUAAUUUUUCAUACUAUCGUGAAUGGAAAGUUUACUUUUUGAUCACUUCGAUGGUUCAGUCCGAGUAAUUAUGCCUCAUUUUCGAGAUCGGCUUCUCCAAUAGUAGAAUUCCACCAGCUUCAGUGCGCUGCGCUCGGCCUCCACCUCUCCUAUUUCUUCUCUUUAUUCUGCUGCGAUAUCGUUGUUGGUAGUAAGCAAGAUAGAUGGGAGCUCUAGGAGCAAUUCUUAUUCUUCAUCCUCCAGAUCUGAUCUCCCUUGGUUUUCUUCUAGGGUUACUUGUUCUAUUAAGCAGCCCUUUAUUUUCUUUGGGCUCGAUACACGAGUACAAGAAUGGGUCAUUCAUUCCUCGCUCAAAUUCCUUUUUCUUCCAUGGCGGUAGCGAGGGCCUUUACGCGUCGGAGGCGAGCAUCAAUUCCUCAUCCUCCGAUGGGAAAUCAUUUAUCCAAUUUGACUCUGUUAUCUUUCGCCGAACGAAAGAGUCAGCAUCAAUGCAUCAUGCUAUGCAAUCAAGCACCGGCCUGGUGGAAGCCAUAAUACUUGAAAUUCAGGACAGAGACCGAAUUGGUGGUGCAUUUUUAAAUUCUGAAGACAUAUGCUGCACUCCACAACUUCACCAAGAGAAAUCUUGCAAGUUAGCAGAGGUAAUCAUUCAUCCAAAUCCUGAUAACUCCCAAUGGCCAAAGCGCAUACAGACUUUUUUUGAUGGGACAAAUGAGGAAGCAACUAUGAUUACUCAAAAUAUUCCCAUAGAAAAAACUGGAAUGUACUAUCUCUAUUUUAUGUUCUGUGACCCGCAACUACAAGGUUUGACGAUCAGUGGAAGAACCGUUUGGAGAAAUCCAGGAGGUUAUCUGCCUGGUAAAAUGGCACCAUUGAUGACAUUUCAUGGUUUAAUGUCUUUGGCAUAUCUUGCACUUGGCCUUGUUUGGUUUCUUCAAUUUGUGCGGUUCUGGAAAGAUACAUUGCAGCUUCACUACUUGAUUACAGCUGUAAUUGCACUAGGCAUGUGUGAAAUGGCUUUUUGGUACUUUGAGUAUGCAAAUUUUAAUGACUCUGGGAGCCGGCCAAUGGGCAUUACCAUUUGGGCUGUGACUUUCACUGCUGUCAAAAAGACUGUUUCAAGGAUGCUUCUUUUGGUGGUUUCGAUGGGUUAUGGUGUUGUAAGACCAACUUUAGGUGGCAUUACUUCUAAAGUUAUCCUUCUUGGUGUGGUGUAUUUCAUAACGUCGGAAGCCCUUGAGCUUGUGGAACACUUGGGUAACAUCAACGACUUCUCUGGAAAAGGAAGGCUAUUCCUGGUUCUUCCUGUUGCUCUCUUGGAUUCUUGCUUCAUUAUAUGGAUAUUUUCAUCCCUAUCCAAAACACUUGAAAAGCUUCAGGUGCGAAGAAGUGUGGCCAAACUGGACUUGUAUCGUAAGUUCACCAAUUCCUUGGCUGUGUCCGUGCUUCUUUCUGUUGCCUGGAUUGGUUAUGAGUUGUACUUUAAUGCAACUGACCCGUUAAGUGAGCUGUGGCAAAGGGCUUGGAUCAUCUCUGCUUUUUGGAAUGUUCUUUCGUACAUACUUCUUGCAGUUAUUUGUUUCCUCUGGGCUCCAUCACAAAAUCCAACUAGCAGAUACGCAUACUCAGAGGAGAUGGGUGAUGAUUUCGAUGAGGAAGGAAUUUCGCUCACCAGCGGUGCCAAGGUAGUUGGGGAUAUGGCGAACAAGCUUGAAAGGAAGGACAAAAAAGCUUCCGAACAUGUUUUUGGAUUGGGAGAUGAACAUGAAGAAGACAAAAGAGAAUGAUAAGUGCUUUUCAUGGAUAGCAUAUUAAUUUUUGUUAUUUCAUCCUGUUUCUGUCAUCCAUUCGCAUUUGAAAUUUCUGUCUUUCCAUGAGCAAAAGCCUACUGAGGCAAGGGAUACCAAUGUACAGCAACGUGCAUGAUUGAGCUGACUUAGAAGAAUUGGCAUUGGGCUUCAUUUUUGUAUACAAUGGCUGCCAGGUGUAAAAUAGAGACAUCUUAAAAGAAGUGUAGUUAUUAAAACUAGAAGUUUUCAAUGAACUUCUCAUGUUCGUUGUUGUUUGAUGAGUAAUAAGCAUCAUACACAAGCAGUCUAGGCUUUCUCUGUCUUUCUUAUUGCUAAACCUUGUUCAGCUUAUGGAUUAGGCAACAUGGCAUCUUUUUUUAGCAGUGUGUUUAUUUCUUAUAAUUAAGUGGAUUGCAUCUCAUAAUUGUAAGUGGCUGUCCUAUAUUUUUUCUUGGCUGUCAAUCUCAAGUACCUUGUAUAUUAUUAAAAAUGGGAAGACCAUUUGUAUA